AUGGUUAUUAUACCAAUAUUUAAAGAAGAGCCAUUAAUUAUUGAUAGUACUUUAAAAUCAUUAGCAGAACAAAAUGUAUCAAUGAUAAUAGGUUUAGCAUUAGAAGAACGUGAAAUACAUAGUGAUAUAAAAUAUAAUAAUAUAAUUCAUAAGUAUGAAAAUAAAUUUCUUAAAAUAAUAAAAACAGUUCAUCCUGAUGGUUUAAAAAAUGAAGUAGCAGGUAAAGCAUCGAAUUGUAAUUAUUGUAUUCAAAUAUUAGUAAAAUAUUAUGAAAAUAACUUAAAAGACUUCUAUAAUUAUGUUAUGAUUACUGCAUGUGAUUGUGAUUCAAUAUGGUGUAAAGAUUAUUUUUUAUAUUUGAAUUAUUUAUCUAUGAAAAAUAAUUUAAAAUAUUUUAAUCAUAUUAUUUACACACCAAAUAUAACUAAUUUAAAAAAUUUUUACUCAAAUCACAUACUAACAAAUUGGAUGUCUAUUCUUCGAUUGAUAGCUACACAUGGACAUUUUCGUUGUUUAGGUUCUAUUCGUUGUUUUACAAGUGAAUAUCAUAUACCAUUAAAAUUAUUAAAAAAAAUUGAUUAUUGGGACAGUGAUUUAGUACAUGAAGACGUACAUAUGUGUAACAAAUUAGCAAUAUUAGAGGAAAAAUUUUUAAUCGUUAAGUCUACAUUUUUACCAUGUGAUAAUCAAACACCGACAAGUAUUAAUUUAGUUUUUGCAUGGAUUCAAACGUUGAAAAGUUCUUGUAGUCAUUCAGAUUCAGCCUUGAAAACGAUUUUGGAUACUAAACAAAAAUAA